UUCUCAAAAAUUAAUCCAUGAAUCAUUACUGGAUGUGUAGAUUUCACUGUUGCUUUGUAGCAGUCUUCCCACUUCUAAAGGGGAAAAAGGCUCAAUUAGAAAACAAAAGCAAUUGCUUUAAAGAAAAAAAAAGUUGUACCAAUCAGCAGAUACGUUCUGGUUGUAGAAGCAUCAGCAAUGAGUGAGUUCUGGUUGUAUACAUACAUGCUAUGCCUUCUACUUGGAAUCCUUCAUGCUGUGUUACUUGAUUUAUUCAUUCCUUUCAGAAAUAUUAAGUACUUGGUCUGGGUUGGGUACUAUCCUAGGUGCUAGAGAUACAAGCGUCAGCAAAACAAACAAGGUCUAUUCUUGUGAAGCUUAAUACUGUAGAGAAGAGGUUCUGAACCAAAAGUUAAUGGUUCAGGGAUCCUUGGAAUCUCAAGACCCUUUGAGUGUCAAAGCUUUUUUCCACAAUUUUGAGACAUGAGAGUACAGCGCAGUUGCCCAGAGGUGACAUGAUGUGUGCUAUCUUAAAAGAUUAAAUGUAGAAGCAGAUAAUGAAUAUCCAACUGUAUUUUAUUAUGUUUGGCAUUAAAAAGACUUGCAAAAAUAUAAACAGACUCUUCUCUCUGUUAUGGAAAACAAUUAUUUUUCAUAAACAUUUAAUAUAUAAUGCAUUUUAACAUGUUAUGAAAAAUGUUAGCGGUAAUUUUAAUAUGAAAAACACCAAAAAUUUUAUUGACUUAAAUUUCUAAUAUAUUAAACAUCAAUACAUAUAAACCACAUAGGCAUAAAGCUCUUUUGGGGUCUUCAAUAAUUCUUUAAAAGUGUAAAGCAGUGAAGGCAAACUGUUUCUUAAAUGGGGCCAGAUAGAUUUAAAGGGCUUAGGAGUCAUGGGUCAGCUAUUCAGCGCUGCCUUUAAAAGCACUCAUAGACAAACAAUAUGUAAAUGAAUGAGCGUAACUAUGUUCCAAUUAAACUGUUUAUAAAAACAGGCAAGUGGCCUGCAGCUGUAGUUUGCCAACCAUUUCUGUAAAGGGUUCCUGAUACCAAAAAAGUUGGAGAGUUGCUGUUAUCAGUGAAAAGUUGAUAUUAUUGGAAUAGUGGGGGAGAAGGGGAGAAAAUAGACAAUAUGUAAGUAGUCUUGAAGAGUUUCAGAUGGUAAAAUAUUACAUUAAGACAACCAGAAGAGGGAUCUGACCUUUAGAUAAAGUAAUUAGGAAAAAGCCUCACUAAGGAGCAGAUUUUUGUCAGCUCAUACUUGUUCAGAACCUAGCAAGGCACUAUCUUCCUUCUUUUUUAGCUCCCCUAGCUACAUUAGGGAUCCUCUUGUGUUGGGAGGGAGAGCAAAAGGUAAUUUAAUUAAAUUUUUAUUUGUGCUUAUUUUGAAUCUUAGACUCCAAUUCAGAAAAGAUCGAUUUUUUCAAGUAUAAUCAGAAAACAUUCAAAGCAUACCUGCUUUGAAAGACUGAGGAAAUUAUAUAGCCUAGAUUAGAACAUUGACUUGUGUUAUAUGACAUUUAGCAGUUUACUUUUGUAUAUCAUUUUUCUCUUCUAAAAAUGAGUUGGUUAAAGUCUCUUCCAAGUCUAAAAUUUGUGAUAUGUUUAUUUGCUUUGUCUAGGAUGCCAUUUCCCACUCCUCCCCCCACCUCUCCUAAGUCUUCACUGAUCCAGAUAUGGUUCCAGCUUCAUUUUUUACUAGUUUUAUUAUCUGAAACAUUAACUUUAUUUUGAAAUCUAUUUUCUUACCUGUAAGGUGGGGGUAAAUGGAAGCUCACUGUAAUAGUUAAAUAAGAGGUAUGUAAACCAUUGCGGACAAUACCUGCUACAUACUGGGUGCUUAAUAAAUGUUUGGGGCAGCUCUUUUGGUGAGAUGGAGGAGAAUCUCUACUUUGCCUCAGUAUUUAGCUUGCUGACCCUGGAGCCCAUGGAGACAUUAGCAGCCAGAACAAAACCAGCAGCCAACAGGCAGCUCCAAUGAGAGACGUGGAAAUUAAACAUGAAAACUUAUAAUAGAAUCCAUGAGCCGUGCAGUCCAGGUUUAUGUGGCCAUUCCAACUUUAGGGAAAGGAAGAUGAAGCAGCCAUUCUUGACAUUAAGUUCUCUUCUUUCAAAGGAAACUGGGGGUAUCUACAUAAUUAAAAAAUGCUCUACCAUAUCAAGACAUAAUUUUAACCAAACCAGAUUCAUUAAUUAGAACUUGGUGAGUUCUUCUGGAAUGCAGUGUAACACAAAGAUUGGAGUUACGAGGAAAAAAAAUAAAAGUUACAGGAAGAAAGAUGGAGGAGAGUAAAUAUUACAAUUAUAUAUAUAUGUGCCUACUCAAAUCUACUCAUCUACGCAAGGAACUGAGUAGAUGAAAAGAAUCAAAGAACAAUUAGAAGUCCACUAAAAUAAAAGAAUUAAGCCUUUGGGUUGAAAAGACUCACCUAGUGUUUGGCAAGUGUUGAUGGCAUAUACCUACAUGUUCUGGUGACAGUUUUUCCAAAGGUAGAACCCUACAAGCCACCUGUCAGUGGUGGAGAAGGAAAACAUGUCAGAAGUUUGAAAAGCCUGCUCUCCUAAGUCUCAAGCUGUGGCAGAGUGUUAAUACGAAUUUGUUAGGUCUUGUUGGUAGGACGCUUAGGACACAAAUAUGUGUUGGUAAGACAUCAUCUUGGGUCCCCCAAAUCCCUACUGUUUUUCUUAAACCAAAGAAGAAAUAAUUUUCCAUUAACCUAAUAUGUUCUCCAGACUUUAGGAUCAGUACUCUAAAACUAACUAGAAUGGCUGAACUUAACAGGUGUUACCAAGUGUUGGUGAGCAAGCACAUGGAGGAAUGGAACUCUCGUGCUUUGUUAGUGGAAAUGCGAAAUAGUAUAAACAUGUCUUCAUCACUGCAGAAGGUUCUGUUCUGUUGGGCAGGUACGGUUCUACAUCGUAAUUCUAUUUUACUUGUUAUUAUCCUUAUGUUUUUGUUUCAUGUUGAAUCUAUAGCUUAUCAACAUCAAAAAUGAAAUCUCCCAAAACAGGGCAAGCCCUAAUUAAGUAUAUGCCCUGUUCACCAGGGUUAGAAGCCUCCAAAUACAGUGAUUCUGGCAGCUGAAAGCACAUGUGCUUUGCUUUACACAUUGGAGUUAGGGUUUGCAUUUUCCUUUCCAUUUACUGUGUCAACAGCUUUGUUCAGACUUCUGUUUUUACAGCAGCCUUCCAUCAGGUCCUUUUUCCUGGGCUUCUCCUAAAGCAGAUCGUCAGUCUUACUAAACAUAUAACUCUCCUGUAGCUAUAAAGCUUUCAGCAUUAUAAGGAAAAUAGGGCUUUUAGGAAAAUGCAUACAAUUAAAAUUCUUUAUUACUUUGCUGCAAUUCUAGAAACUAAAAAUAGGUUAAUUUUUUUUCUUAGCAUUAUUGGUUUAUUACAGUUUGAUUUUUAACUUUGGCAUUUUAAGCUUUUGAAUUUUAAAGGAGACUUUAAUUUUGUCAGUAAGAAAAAAAUAGAAGCAAUUUUUAACAUUAAUUUAACAGACACUUUCUGUCUAAUGUCCAUCACAAUGUCAAAUGUAGGAAGUACCUUUUUCACAAAAAGGAGGAAAGCCCUUAAGUUUUGGAUGGAGUUUUUGUUUAACUCACUGAUUCCUAAUACAGAGAGCAAAUUUGUAAUCUAAACCUGUACUUUUAUUUUAUUAUGAAUAUACUGUGUCAUUUCUAGGAAUAUUUUUGGAGAAGUGGAAGAGGGGUAGCAGUAUUUGCAUGCUGUCCUUUUUUAUACUAAAUUAAGGAUGCAUUUUAUUUUAUUUCUAAUGAUUGUUUUCAUAAUUCUCAGUCAGACUAAUCUUUGCAAGGCAGUUUCUUCAUUGGCAACGUUGAAGGAAAUUUUGCUAAAAAUCACCAGUGUAUAACUACUCAGAGAACCAACUCACUAGUCAUUCUCUCAUGUAGCUUUCUUGAUUUCUCAUGUCCCCAGCCUUCCAUGUAUGUUUUGUUUGUAACAUGCGUUUAUAUUACAUUGUGAUCCUUUUUUCAGGUCUGACAACAUUUCUCCAUGUUAAACUUUUAUUUUGUAAGCCACUCUUGGCUCCCUGAUGCUGCUGUAAUGUAACAUUUUCAUGGGUUCAGUGGCAGGCAUUAGGACUCUGACGUCUUUGCAGAAAGUAUUUCCCUGCCAUAGUGACAGUGGUAAACUGCACAAAAAAACUGGUAAGCACAUUGUUGUGUAUUAAUUAGAGUAGGGGUUUAUUUAUAAAAGAAAAAAGUUUCUCCCUGAAAUUGAGAAUAAGAGUUUAAGUCCAUCUACUUCUACUGUAAAUAUGUUAAUGUGGCAAAACAUUAAAUAGUUAAAUGCUCUGAAAUGAUUAGGACAACAUUAAAGACUGAUUCUAAGAUGUUCUGAUUUAGUUUGAAAUAUGUUUACACUUUAGACCAAACUGGACUUAAGAUUUAGGUCCUAGAAAGAAUAGGUAGUAGUAUAAUUCGUGCUAAAUUUUGUUUUUUUAGCUAAUUUUGGAUUCUGUGGCCUUGUCUUAGUGUAAUACUUUUAUGGAGUUUUCAACUCUUUGUAAAACCACUUUAAAUAUUCUCCCAAGUUGAGAAAUACCGUUAAUGUUUACUGUGCUACAAAUGAGCUAAAUGGCAGUUGAUCAUUGGCACACGUGUUUGAUCACCUUUAUAAGCAAAAGGUGUAUUUGAGACUGUAUAGCUGGAACCCACAAGUUUUAGAUGCCUAGUUGGUGACCUCAGGUGGGGCAGGUAACUUUUGGAGGUCUCAGGUGAAUACUUACGUAUUUUGGAGAAUGUACCACUUAGGACAUACCUAGGUCACCAUCUCCUUUAAUUCAGAUGAAAGCCAUGGGAGAUUAGAAAUACUGUCCCAGUUUUACAACUGAGCAGGUGGUGAAGCCUGGAUUUUAAUCCAAGUCUAGAGACUCACUUGUUGAGAGAUGUGUCAGUAGAUUAUUCAUUUUCAAACAGUGCUGUAAGGUUCUGUACAGGUCCUUUGGAAGAAAAAUGAAAAAAAUUUUUAGGGGACCAAUCAUCCCCUUGUUUUGUAUAUUUGGGUUUUGUCUUAAUUCUGUUUGUAAAGAGUUUCUCUGCCUAAAACAUAUGAAGUCUCCUGCCUUAGCAACCUGAGACCCAUCUAGAAUAAACAUACAUUAGAAAACAAUGUAGACAGUACUAAUUUAUAUUUGUCAAUGGACAGACUAUUUUCAAUUGUAUUUCUAUUCCUAACGAUGUUUUGGGUAGCCUAAUAUUAAAAUGAAGUUGAAGUGAUUGAACACACUAUUAAUAAGUUGGGAAAGUGAUUAGAGGUAAGAUUUGACGUGGAAAAUGGGUUAUCUACAAUUUAUUGCACAGUGUUUGCCCCCCACUACCAGUUCUUGCUGCUGUUAAAGGCUGCCCUAUAAGCAUGAUGUAAUGACAGGUUAAACCUCUGAAUGCACAAGCUGACGCAAUGCAAAUCUGAGGCCGGGACUUGAGUGGGCACGGUAAUGCUUGUUUAAAUACAAAACAAGCUACUCUGUUUAAUGAGGCCAUUUAAAAUGGCUUUGCUGGAGGGAGAAGAGAGUAUAAUCUCAAUUUGGAGGUUGAAGUAGGAGUUUAAUAUGGUUAUGUGUGUUUACUACCCUUUACUGCAGUUUUUUCAAAGGGAGAGGGGAGUUAAAAAUGUGUUGACGGGUAGAAAUGGAGAAGAAAUGAGUUAGAAUUGAGGAAAUUGGUAAUUGACCCUCUGUAAAAAGUUACUGAAUGAAGUGGGCAGAAUCCUUUUACUCUAUAAAAACGCACAGUUAACCUGGAGAGCAUAGUAGAGCAGAGCGCUUGUCUGGCCACACAUUUCCCAUAUACUCUGUAGCUCUUAGGUUAAAACCAUGUGAAUUUCCAAUAUCCGACUGCUUUGGCCUACAAAAACGGCACGUUUCGAUCAAAAUAUAACCUGGUGGAAAUGCGGAGGCGUGCACGAUGUUGUUUGGGGGUACAGGGCUUAUACUAUACUACACUGGGUCCUAGGUUUGCAGGACAGUGCCCUGGAGCCACCCUGGGCUGCUGUGGGCUGGGUGGGGUCAAGCUUUCAGGUAGCCUGUGCCAGCCCGCCUCACCCCGCCCCGGCGUCGCUCCACCCCACCACGCCCCUCCUCUCCCCUCCCCUGCUCUCCCUGCCCCGCCCCUCAAGCCAGGGGCAGCCGCAGCCCAGGCCGCUGCGAGCUGGAGGCAGGCUAACGCUCUGAGUUGGAGCAGACGUUCCUAGCGGCAGCCCAGCCCCAACCUUCGCCUUCAAACUGUUCUCCCAGCACCCCGGAUCCUGCAAUAGGAGCUCCAGAGCUGGCUCGGAGCGUGCCGCCGCCUCUGGCCACCGCACACCAUACAACACCGUCCUUCGCCCAAGCUGGUUGGAUUCUAGUUAGUGAAUCUGGGGGAAGACAAACUUUCGCGACAGACGAACGUUUAGGGCCCAGAAGAGGGCAACUCAGCGAUGGUGCCUAUUUUUGGAGAGACGGGCGAAUUUGAGCUCGCGGGGAGGUGUGGUUGAUACCUUUUGGGAUGGGAGAGGCUUCAUUUCCCUUCCUCCGUAACCAGUGCUUCUCAGCCGUGAGUGGAGGGCACGUACCAUCUCUUUCUGCAACUUAACCCUGGACAAUUUAGGAACAGAAGGUGUCCAGAAGGGCCUUUGUUACAAGUUGUUUCUGCUUCCGGGGGAAAGGCUGUGAGCUGCCUGACUUCUCAUGACCGGGAAGUCUGCCUUCUCUUACUCCUGGAGGGGCGUCUUGCUCACAUGCUUACCAGCAGCUGGGACAAGGAAGAGAAGAGAAAUGAGCCGUCAGACUGCAACAGCAUUACCUACUGGAACCUCUAAGUGUACACCAUCCCAGAGGGUGCCUGCCCUGACUGGCACAACCGCAUCCAACAAUGACUUGGCGAGUCUUUUUGAGUGUCCGGUCUGCUUUGACUAUGUGUUACCACCCAUUCUUCAGUGUCAGAGUGGCCAUCUUGUUUGUAGCAACUGUCGCCCAAAGCUCACAUGUUGUCCCACUUGCCGGGGCCCAUUGGGAUCCAUUCGCAACUUGGCUAUGGAGAAAGUGGCCAAUUCAGUACUUUUCCCUUGUAAAUAUGCCUCUUCUGGAUGUGAAAUAACUCUGCCACACACAGAAAAAGCAGACCACGAAGAGCUGUGUGAGUUUAGGCCUUAUUCGUGUCCGUGUCCGGGUGCUUCCUGUAAAUGGCAAGGCUCUUUGGAUGCUGUAAUGCCCCAUUUGAUGCAUCAGCAUAAGUCCAUUACAACCCUACAGGGAGAGGAUAUAGUUUUCCUUGCUACAGACAUUAAUCUUCCUGGUGCUGUUGACUGGGUCAUGAUGCAGUCCUGUUUUGGCUUUCACUUCAUGUUAGUCUUGGAGAAACAGGAAAAAUAUGAUGGUCACCAGCAGUUCUUUGCAAUUGUACAGCUGAUAGGAACACGCAAGCAAGCUGAAAAUUUUGCUUAUCGACUAGAGCUAAAUGGUCAUAGGCGGCGAUUGACUUGGGAAGCGACUCCUCGAUCUAUUCAUGAGGGAAUUGCAACAGCCAUUAUGAAUAGUGACUGCCUAGUCUUUGACACCAGCAUUGCACAGCUUUUUGCAGAAAAUGGCAAUUUAGGCAUUAAUGUAACUAUUUCCAUGUGUUAAAAUGGCAAAUGUUUUUCUGGCCAGUGUUUAAAACUGUUGCUUUCAAUUCCACAGAGAAUAAAGCACCCAUCCACCUGUCAACCUGAAAUUUUUGGUAGGUGGAAGCUAGACACAUGAAGGUAAACAAAAGGAAAGGCUGUUAAAUACAGGAAAAAUACAGGAAACAGUUGCAUGUAGUAACACUAAUAUAUUUAAAAAUCUGUCAACAGUAAACCACUGAAAAAAUAUAUAUAUAUAUAUAUACACCCAAGAUGGGUAUUUUUUGUAUUAAGGAAGCAUUGUAAAAUAAUUCUGAAUUUGUGUUGUAGAUUGAGUGUAUUGUUGAAAAAUAUUGGUUUCUUUUUUGUUUUUGUGUGUGCGCGUGUGCGUGUGUGGUUAUUUUCCUUUAACUGACAAGCCAUGUUGAGUGGUCUUGGACCACUGCUUUUUCCCCUUUGUGAGUCAAUACAUAGUGCUGCUGUGUAUGUAUAUUUUUUUUGUGUGUGUAUUUGCUAAUUUUUAUUCUAGUUUUUCAUUAAAUAAAUUUGACUUUCUUUUCUGUAAUUCAGGUUUUUUUCCUCUUUUUGUAUCGUUUUAAAGUUAAUGUCUUUUUGGUAUGUGUAAUUGUUUAUGGUAAAGUUAUAUGUAAGUGUUCAGUACAUAUUUUCUUUUCCCCCAUUAAUCGGUUUAUUAGAAAUACUUUAAAUUCAGCUAUUUUGUGAAGAUAAUAAGUUCCAGAAAGGAAAGGUAACAUCAGAAGAAUUAUCAGAAGCUAUUUAGAACAGCUGUAUGAUGGUCUGUCUUUCUCCUUUUUUCUCUGGUUGAGUCAUACUUUCAAACUUAGUCUUUGAAAGGUUAGGGAAUACUGAUUUUCUUCAGAUACUGGGGAAAAAAAUCAGACUUUUUCCUUUUUCAAAUAUCUUGGACAAAUCACAUAUUUAAAAUUUGUUCUUGUAUUUAUUGGUUUAACAUAGAAGGCAUUGUUUUACAUGGUAUUUGUAAUCAAAAGCAAAUCAUUUGUUUAAAAAAAAGGCAGUUUGCAAGACAGUGUUUUUGGUCUUUUAUAAUCCCCAUUAAAAUAUCUGGCAAAUUAAAAA